AUGGACGCAAACGAGGCGUCUGCGCUUGCCGUCCACGACUUUGCGCCCUUCCACGCCAACGCUCAACAAAACACCACGGUAGAGCAUGGGGACAGGCCGGCAGAGGGAGGCGAGGCCGACAGCACGCCGCGCUCAGAGGUUCCCUCGGUCUCGGAUGCCGUCAACGAGACGCUGCGGCACCACACCUCUUCGCUCACCGCAGAGCCCAGCUACUUCUCGCCCCAGCCGCUGCGGGUGCUGCCCUCCAAAAUACCGCACACGAAUCCCUCCACCGAGCCGUCGCCUACAGGUGAGGAUGCUGCCCUAAACCCGCCGCGCUCGAGCAGCUUUGCGUCCUCGUGGCGGGCAAGUAGGCCGUCGCCUGCACCUUCCUCGGAAACUGACCGUCCACCGUUUCAACGCGACCUCUCGAGCGCAUCGACAGCCAGCGCUGCCACGGUCCGUGCGAACUCGGUAGACGCGUCCCACGCCUACCUCCCUCCAGAGCCCCGGGACGGUCCCGUCUAUCCCAAUCAAUCCUAUGCCGCCCUCCAGUUGCAACAGCACCCGAACCAGACCCCGUACAUCCUGCGCGCUAAAAGCUCGCAGCCUUCCCACCAUUCGGGAUAUUCCAUGUCGCAUAUCUCCACUUUUGGGCUGCCUGGCGAGCAUUAUCGCGGCGGCCUCAUGGACACUGGCUCUCGCACCGUUGGAAACUCUCCGGCGAGCAGCCCUGGCCUCUUCAGCCCAAACGAGCCUCGACUCCGGCACAAUGAACAAUCCGACGACAACCUCUACUCGGGCCCCUGGCUCCAUUAUACGCACAGACAAGCACCAAAGGAAACGCACGUGGCCGAUGUGGAUGUGGACCCUAUGUCCGGACGCAAGAUUAUCAACCACUAUGAGAUCCUCGACGAAUUAGGCCGCGGCAUGCACGGCAAGGUCAAGUUGGGGCGCGAUCUUCAGAGCGGUGCUACAGUCGCAAUCAAGAUCAUCGACCGCUACUCAAAACGCCGUCGCCUAGGGAAGAACACGAGCCAUGAAGACAAGAUCAAGCGGGAGAUCGCCAUUCUCAAGAAGGCUCGUCACGAAAACAUCGUUGGCCUUCUCGAAGUCAUCGAUGAUCCCUCUAAAAAGAAGGUCUACAUCAUCUUGGAACACGUCUCACUGGGUGAGGUAAAGUGGAGAAAGGAAGGUGCUAAAGAAAUCUGUCUUGUAGAAUGGCGCCGCAUCCAGCGGGAGUCCGAAGGCAUCUUCGACAACGAGAGCGCUAAGAUGGAGGAUGAUGCUAUCAUCAAGCUAGCACACCAGAAACUACAACGGCAACAGCGGCGCCAGGCCAGAAAACGUAGGCUCUUGAAGAUGCAAGAGACCGGGAAUGAGGCUUGGAGUCUUGAGCUUGGUGGUGACUCGGAAGACGACUACUCGGACAACGAAUACAGCCCUCGAGCGUCAGCACGUGAAGGCGAGAGACCUGCUAGUCGGUUGGCCUGUUCUGAUCGCCAGGGAUCGAGCAUCAGCCAGGAUGCUGCCAUGGAGACUGCCUUCCGCGCUGGGACGCCUUCGGCUAACGCGCGGGAGGAGUCCUCUUCCCCGACUGGUUUAGAAGGGACAAUGUAUGGGGCAUACGACACAGAAGCGUUCCGUGGUCGCACCCCAAGCAUCGCUGGCAGCAGCUCAUCGCACCUUACUAAUGCCGAGGAAGAAGUUCCUGAGCAUUUCCAUUACGUCCCCGUCAUGACGAUUGAGAAAGCUCGCGCGGCGUUUCGAGACACCGUCCUCGGGCUGGAGUAUCUCCACUUCCAGAAUGUCAUUCACCGCGACAUCAAGCCUGCGAACCUACUCAUGACAUCCCUUGGACGGGUCAAGAUCUCCGACUUUGGUGUCUCGUACCUGGGGAGUGCGCCUCGUCAGGACAGCACCGGCGACCAGUCCGAAUCUGAUGCACCAGAGGUCGACGAGGCCAUCGAGUUGGCUAAGACAGUUGGGACGCCGGCUUUCUAUGCACCCGAACUCUGCAACACUGAGCUUGACGCCGAGCCUUACAAAAUCGACAAAGCCAUCGAUGUUUGGGCGCUUGGUGUAACAUUGUAUUGCCUCAUCUACGGACGUGUUCCGUUCCACGAUCAGAAUCAAUUCUUCCUGAUGAAGCGCAUUACCGAUGACGAGCCGUACAUCCCCACAUAUCGGCUCAAGCCUGUAGAUGAUAGUCCUAACUCUCGACCGAACUCGCAUGGGCGCAUGUUUUUGAGUUCCGGCGACAAGAGGAUGGACCACGAUCUCGACUACGAAGCUGUCAAUGAGGACUUGCGAGACCUAUUGCAGAGACUAUUGAUCAAGGAUCCACGAAAGCGAAUAACGAUACCCGAUAUUAAGCGUCACCCCUGGCUUAUGCAAGGCAUCGACAAUGCAGACAAAUGGGUCAAGGAGACCGAGAAGCAACUUGAGGGUAACAAGAUCGAAAUUUCCAAGGAAGAUAUCGAAAAGGCCGUCGUUCCUUUCGGCGCUCUAUUUGAGAAGAUGCGAUACACUGUCACCAAACUCAAAGACAUCACCCGCAGUCUGACCCGUCGAGAGUCCAAACCACGAAACAGAGCUCAGAGCACGACUAGCGGGCAAGAUGGUCCUCCUAGCCUCAGUGCAAACUCGUCGAGCAGCACUAUCAGCCAGGAAGGACGCCGACCAAGUCUAGGUCCAGGCAUGUCUAUAUACGAAGCGCUUAGCAAGUCGAGAGAAUCUGAACAUCCGCUUUCCCAUAGCGUAACAGCAAGCCCUGAUACGAGCAUUCGGUCGCGGUAUUUCGACGGCGCAAAUUCUCGGACCGCGUCGCCGGCUCACAGCGCCGAAAGCCGUGAGCAUCCGUCUCCGUUGACUUUUGGUGGGCGCCCGCGUCUCCCCGACCGUGCGCAUUCCACAUUGUCGUCGGCUGCUUCCAUUCGCACUGUCCGCCUGGGGGAGUGGUCUGCGCAGGGCUUUCCAUCAUCACCGGGCAUUCCACCAGCGCUGCCGGGGACCCCGACGGCUCUUGAUACACCAGGUGGCUCAAACCUUAGUGGCAUCUACGGCGGCAUGCCGAAACGUGUAGUACAUGAUACAAGACCUGAGGAGAGGCGACUGAUACCUCCCCGGGAGGUCAGUCGCGCAAAGUCUAUCGACAGGAUGUUUGGUUCGAGCGACGACCCUCAUGGGAUGGCCAGUCUGGCGGUAAGCACUGACUUUGCUUCUGGGACGGUUGACCAGCCGGAUCUGCUCAAGGAACUCUCGCCUACUAUUUUGGGCACGUCUCCUCAACUGUCGGACUUGUAUACUGCUAGCCGUGCGGAAAGGGCUUCAUCGCGACAGUCUUCAUUGUCGUCAAUGUCGUCACGUCUGCACAAGUCCUGGGCUGCCAACAAUGAGCUAGAAGUUGGACCUUCCCUAGAUCUUGCGCCAAUUAUUGCAGCCCCGCCUGCGACUCAAGAAACAUCGGAAGACAGGUUCAACAGGGCCAAAGACGAAUUUCUUCGCCGAAGGCUCAGAGAGGCGGAGCUUGAACGGCAAAGAGCCAACUUAAAUUCCUCUCAACGACCUCCAUCUGCUCAGAGCCAGAUCGAGUGUCCUCCAAGCCCUGAUGAUGAAAUUUUCCUUCAACGCCACCACAAAGUCGAAGAGUUCCUCAGCCAGCAGCAUGUGCAGCAGCCGCCAUACGCAACUAGUCCCGUCACCAGACCAGUCAUGACUCCAGCCCAGAUGAGACCAAUCGCAUCAAGCUCGUCAGAAGAGCAGUUCACCUGCAUAUCGCAGUCUACUUCAAACCCGUCGGUCCCUUCAGUGGCUUCGGCAACGUCGUCGCUGGCCUUGGAUGAACAUGCAAUGUCUAAGAUGACACCUGCAGCUUCUGGCAGCUCCAUUCAUAUCAACCAAUUCAACACGCCAACUGACGACCCAGCUGGCUAUGACGGAGACCAUGCUGUCGAGAGCGAAGACGAAGACUCAGAGGAGGAGUUUCUAGUCAUGGGGAAAAAGAAGCCUGCGCCUAAGCCUUCACGAAGCGAAUCCAUUACCAAUGCCGAGCUUGCCCGGGCAAAUGUUCGUAAAGAACUCGGAUAUCGACGUCGCUCGAACCGCAGCGGGAGUAACGGCACGGUGAAGAAGGUUCCACCGCCGGGCAUCGACUGA